CGGCAGCCGCUAGAGCGGUAGCAAUGAGUAAUGCUACUUCCGCCGCAACUGCUGCGAACUCAACUGGUCAAGGGCUAGGCAUGCCGACCAGUUCACAGUCAAUCUCCAGUACGUCAGGGGUUGGCACUAGUCAAAUGGCGGGCUCGCAGUUCAGCUCGCCGCCUCCACGCACCCGAGAGCAGAUGGAGCUCCAGCAAGUAGAAAGGAUCCGCUUAAGGUUAGAGGAGGAACUUAGACAAGCUACUAAGAGAGAGAAAGAGAUCAAAGAGAGAAGUGUCAGACUAGAGAGGAGGGAGGCAGACAUGGUUGCGGUAGAGGCAUUAGAUGACACUGCCCUAAACACUACAAGCAAGAUCCUGAAGGCAAGCGUCCUCUCCAUGCAUGCGAACAUAGACAGCAAGAUGGACGCCCUGCAAGAUACUCUAAACCAGAUCCUACAAGCGCUACAUAAGCCAGGGAUCCGGCCAGCAGCUUUACCAUCGCUGCCACUCCCGACGAUGAUAGGCCUUUAUGCCGCUAAGUCAAGACCACCACCAAGUGUUUCAUCAACAGUAGCACUAUCUCAGACUGUUGCUUCUUCAUCUUCUGGUCCAGCGACUGUUGCUACACCACAGUCGCCACCUGUCUCGCAAGCGGGACAACAAUAUCCUUGGUAUCCCAAGACCCCACUGAACCCACCUGCAACCUUCUCAGGAGACAAGAAGGAUGAGGCUCUUGACACAUGGUUGAGAACAGUGCCAGUGUGGGUGAGGGCCAAAGGGACAUUGGUAGAAGAGGAGGUGAUUACUGUUGCAUCCUACUUAGAGGGUUCAGCAGCCCGUUGGCUAAACGGAUUGGUAGCUUCAAAGGGCUUCUGCAGGAAUAUGCAUGAUUGGGCGCAGACCCACACAUUAGAAAGCUUUAUGGACUUAGUGGAGACUCGUUGGCACAACCCGCAGCAGGCACAUAUUGCCACUGAUGGGCUCUUGAAACUUGAUACUAAAAAGUACAAGUCUGUGCGGGAACUCACCACAGCCGUAGAGCGCCUGAUCGUCGUCCCGGGAGUGGAGUACAAUCCACAGGUCUUGCUGACCAUGUUCCUGAGAUGUCUUCCCAGAGACAUUAGGAAUAUAUUAGCCAGCGAGGCUCACAAAGAGUAUCACACCUUUGAGUCAUUCAACAAGAAGGCCCUAGACUUAGAGGCUACGCUGGGUGGAGCUCAAACCCCUUCUACGGAUGGGAGAAAGAAGAAGACUCCACAAGAGUGGGAAAAAAAGGGUAGUCGAUUGAUGAUGGUUGAUUCCGAUGGAAAUCAAACCGAGAUCGAUGAUGUUUCCGAUCUUGUGGAAGUUUCAGAGUUUGACGGCGGGGAGAGUGCUGAGGGUAGCAACCUCGCCGCCGUAGUUAAGACUAAGGCAGCUGGCUGCGGCAAGGGCGGUCAACAAAGGAGUCAGGGGCAGGCCGCUAACCCAAACAAAGUAGCUGCUUGGGUUAGAGCAGGUCUGGAUCAAGAAGUGUGGCGGGACCGUUGGUCUCGAGGUGCUUCUAUUAACUGCGGAGUCAUAGACAGGGAGAUUGUCCAUGCCAUAGAGAUUACCCCAGGAAGUAAAACACCUAAGGGUAGAAUCUAUAGGAUGGCUCCAACAGAGUUGGACGAACUUCGGCGGCAAUUGAAAGAGCUCACAGAGAAGGGUUGGAUCCGGCCUAGCAUUUCCCCCUUUGGCUCACUAUUGUUUGUUCCAAAGAAAGGGGGAACACUACGGAUGUGCAUCGAUUAUAGAGGUCUCAAUGCCAUCACUGUUAAGAACGCAGAGCCUCUACCACGCAUCGACGACCUAUUGGAUAGGGUGCAGGGGUGUAAGUACUAUACAAAGAUAGACUUAARAUCCGGCUACCAUCAGAUUGCCAUAAGACCAGAGGACCAGCACAAAACCGCAUUUAAGACCAGGUACGGUCUGUACGAGUUUGUGGUGAUGCCUUUUGGCCUUUGCAAUGCGCCGGGUACAUUCCAGCACGCCAUGAAUAGGAUCUUCCAUGACUAUUUAGACAAGUUUGUUGUCGUGUAUCUCGACCACAUACUUAUCAUUAGUAGAUCUGUCGAGGAGCAUGCUCAGGAUGUAGACAAAGUACUUUCACUCCUUCGGCAGCAUAAGUAUAAGAUAAACUAUGAGAAAUGCGAGUUUGGUCGCACUCGAAUCUUGUACUUGGGUCAUGAGGUAUCCGCGGAUGGGAUUAGGCUCGAGGAUGCGAAGGUGGCUAGCAUUCGUGACUGGCCACAACCCCAGUCUGUGACUGAGGUCAGAUCAUUCUUGGGAAUGUGUGGUUAUUACCGCAAUUUCGUAAAGAAUUAUAGCACGAUUACAUCUCCCUUGACUGAUCUAACUCGACUCGAUACACCAUGGGACUGGACCGACGAGUGUGAGGCAGCUUUCAAGCGUUUCAAGCAUGCUCUCACGCAUCAUGAGACACUCAAGUGGAUCAAGACUCAACCAGUUCUCUCCGAUGCACUCAAACGCUGGAUUGAAGUCAUAGAUCAAUAUGAUUUCAAACUAGACUAUUUGAAGGGAGAGUACAACAAGGUUGUAGAUGCGUUGUCUAGGAGGGCAGAUUACCUAGGUUUGCAGAAUUCUGAGUUUGGUUUGUCUGAGGACGUGACUCGAUCGUUGGAUGAAGCCUACAAGGAAGAUCCCAUCACGAUGGUCAUCAUCAACAAACUACAGGCUAAAGAUAAGGCCACCAAUGAUGAGUUUGUGAUGGUGGAUGGGUUGCUCUUGCUUGAGAAGGCACGGUUCAAGAGGUUAGUUGUUCCAUCUAGAGAAACUUUGCGUAGUUUAUUUUUAGGUGAGUGCCACGAUGCAAUGGGACAUUUCGGCUAUAAGAAGACGAGUGCUAAUUUAGUACAACGAUUUUGGUGGCCCAACAUGCUUGACGAUGUAAAGAAGUACGCGGAGACCUGUCAGGUCUGUCAGCGGGACAAGCCGCAGACUCGAGCUCCGCUUGGGUUACUCGAGCCUUUACCCAUUCCUGCUGGCCCAGGGCAGAGUAUCUCCAUGGACUUCAUGGAUACUCUUGUGACCAGCAAGAAUGGCAAGAGGCACAUCUUCGUCAUAGUGGAUAGGUUCACUAAGUACGCUAGACUAAUCGCCAUGCCAGAGACUGCCAGGACUGAGCACGUCAUCAAGUUGUUCAUGGACAACUGGGUGCGUGAUUUUGGAUUGCCCAAGACUAUCGUUAGUGAUAGAGAUGUCCGUUUCACUAGUGAGAUGUGGAAGAAGGCCGCUGAACACAUGGGCAGCCAGCUUCAGAUGACUUCUGGGAAUCAUCCCGAAGCAAAUGGGCAGGCUGAACAGAUGAACCGAGUGGUGCAGCACCUGCUGAGGCAUUACAUCAAGCCCAGCAAGGAUAACAGGGAUGAGAAGUUACCUCUCAUCGCCAGUCCGUACAACAGCGCGGUACACAGAACCAUCGGUGUCAGUCCUAAUCAACUACAUCUGGGAUGGAAACCUAGAUCUGCUCUAGACUUCCUCCUGCCUGAAAAUCGAACUGCUGCAACUCCUGGAACCAUCGAAUUUGGUGUCCAGUAUGAUAAACUGCUGCAGCAGACUGUCGAACACAUUAAGAAAUCUCAGGAGGUCAUGAUUGCUUCUGAGAACAAGCGUCGUCGACAGUCCACAUUUCAGGUAGGGGAACGUGUCUGGGUCAAGGCUAGUGAACUGGGGCAGGAGUUUGGCAUCUCUAGGAAACUAAUGCCUCAGUAUUUCCAUCCCUGGGAAGUCCUGGAUAUCGUGGGGAAUGAUUUGGAUGGUCCCUCGUACAUCAUUCGUAUCCCUGGUCACUUACGGACUUACCCUGUUUUCCACGCUUCCAAACUUGCACCUUUCGCUGAGACAGCACAGUUCCCAUCACGGAGAUCUAUGCUGCCCCCAACCAUGGAUGGCCACGUGGACGUCGACGACAUCCUGGAUCACAGAGACACGCCUGUUUCGAAGCCACCUGGCAGGGGAAGACCUCCCAAGCCUGCGAGAGAAUACAGAGUACAUUUCAGGCAUCAUACAGAUCCGAAGGAAGAUCAAUGGAUUUCAAGGGAGGAACUUGUCAAGACAGCUCCUCAGAUCGUGGCGGAUUAUGAGAAAAGACUGAAGGGGAAGGCACCAGCAUGAAGCAUCUCAGCGGACUUUCGAAGCUAAGGGGGAUGGAAUGUGAGGAACAAGCCCUCAAGUGGCCCUAUCAGACAUCACAUUUAUGGGCCAAAGCCCCAGCAAGCCAAGUGGCCGCCCUAAGUGAAGGCGGGCCUGAAUAUUCGUCACAGGCCAAAUUCGAUAUUUCCAUAUGUGGGUAUUCAGGCUCUUGCAGCGCGUCAGUUGGUUGAGUGAACGCGCGAGCCUCACUAAG